CUGCGGGCACCGAGUCGUCUGGCAAGACUGCGGGGGCACCCGCACCGAGUCGUCUGGCAAGGACUGCGGGCACUGAGUCGUCUGGCAAGACUGCGGGCACUGAGUCGUGUCUGGCGGAACAGCGGGCAUCGAGUCCACUGGUGGAACAUCGGGCACCGAGUCGUCUGGCAAGACUGCGGGCACCGAGUCGUCUGGCAAGACUGCGGGCACCGAGUCGUCUGGUGUGGUAAGACUGUGGGCAUCGGGUCACCAGGCAUCAGAUCAUUUGGCUCGCCAGCGGGCACCGCGUCAUCUGGCAAGGCAGUGGGCACCGGGUCACCAGGUACGACAGCGGGCUCUGAGUCAAAUUGGCACGACAGCGGGCACCGGAUCAGGUACCGGAUCAUCUGGAUCAACAGCGGGCAUCGAGUCAACUGG